AUGGGUCUCAGUCCGCCAAAGCUUCGACACUCCCAGGCACUGAAGCCGGUCAAGCCUCCCAAGGGCCAUUUCUACUUUGCUGGGCGGACAUUUCCUCGUCUACCAUGGUGGAAACGGAGGCACCUGAGAACGCUCUACAUCUAUAUUGUCAUUCUCAUCGCUACCAAUACUGCAAAUGGCUUUGACGGUUCGAUGAUGAACGGUCUACAGAGCUUGACCUACUGGCAAGAGUACUUCGACCAUCCUAAGGGGUCAAUCCUUGGUCUUUUCAAUGCUUCAAUGAGUCUGGGAUCCUUGUGCGGCCUGUUCUUCAAUCCAUAUAUUAUUGAUUACUGGGGUCGCAAAUCUGGUAUCGUCAUUGGCUGUGUCAUCAUGUUGAUUGCCGUGGGUUUACAGUCCGGGGCGCAGAAUUUCGGCAUGUUCGUUGCUGCCCGUCUCACUCUCGGCUUCGGGGAUACCAUCGUUCUUGGUUCUGCUCCGUUGUUGAUCGCUGAAAUUUCCCAUCCCCAAGACCGAGCUGUUCUAGUCACCUUGAGCGGAGCCUCAUAUCACUCCGGGGCUUUCAUUGCCUCCUGGGUUACUUAUGGCACCCUCAAAAUCCAGAGCGACUGGUCAUGGAGACUUCCUAGCCUGCUACAAGCGAUUUGCACAGUCAUCAUCGUUGGAAUGAUCUGGUUCAUGCCUGAAAGCCCUCGUUGGCUCAUGAUGAAAGACAAGCACGAUCAAGCGCUCAGAGUUCUUGCGAAAUACCACGCUGAGGGCGACGUCGAAGACGAAUUUGUUCAGCUGGAAUAUGCCGAGAUCCGAGCAGCUAUCGAUGCUGACAGAGAGAGUGGUCAAACUCGUUGGGUCGACUUUUUGAAGACUAAGGGCAACAGAAAGAGAAUUGGUAUCAUCACUGCGAUUGGCUUCUUCAGUCAGUGGUCUGGUAACGGACUCAUCUCAUAUUAUUUGAAGCAAGUCAUGGACAACAUCGGUAUUACAGACUCACAGACUCAACUCGGUAUCAAUGCUGGCAUGAAAUCGCAAGCUCUCAUCGAGAACAUUGCCCUGUCUUUCUACAUCGAUAAGUUCGGCAGACGUCCCAUCUAUCUUAUAUCGACCAUCGGAACUCUGGUGACUUUUACUAUCUGGACAAUUAUCUCUGCCAGAUAUGCAAUUGCGCCAGCCAAAGGUCUGGGCUAUGGCUUUGUCUUUAUGAUUUUUGCCUACGGCUUGUGCUAUGACUUCAAAUCUGGUCUUAUGGCAAACUACACCACCGAAAUCCUCCCCUACGGCCUACGGGCCAAGGGCUUCACCUGGCUGAACUUCUGCGUCUGCGCUGCACUCUUCUUCAAUCAGUACAUCAACGCUAUCGCUCUCGAUGCGCUCCAUUGGAAGUACUAUCUCUGCUAUUGCGUAUUUCUCGCCUUUGAAGUUAUCGUUGUAUAUUUUCUUAUCGUCGAGACACGAUACACACCUAUGGAAGAAAUUGCGAAAUACUUCGACGGCGACGCUGUUGACGUGGCCGACAUUGCCAACGCUGAAAUGAAGGAGAAGGGCAUCUUGGACGGUGAGAUUACCGAGAAGAAAGCCAGAACCGUGAAUCAGGUGGAGAUUGUUGCUUGA